GGGUGGAGGUCGCGGAGUUUGUUGUAGAUGGUGGAGAAGUCGGGGCAAGAGAGGUAUCCUUGGGUGUAGCGAUGGCGGAGCGAUGGCAGGAGCUGGAUGUGGGUCAUGGCGGCAUAGACUUUCUCGGGGGGGUUGUGAUCGGGGCGCCGGGAGAGGGCAUCGGCAACGCGGUUGCUCUUGCCAGGGGUGUGACCAAUGGUAAAGAAUUUCUGGUCGUGGAGGUUGGCGAGUACUUGGCGGAGAUGAUCAAGGUGGGACUCGUAGGUGGGGCUAAAAACAAGGAUGUCGUCGAGGUAGAUCACGACACAGACUUCAAGGAGGUCGCAGAAGAUGUGGUUCAUGGUGGAUUGGAAUGUGGUGGGGGCGUUGGUGAGACUGAAAGGCACUACGAGAAAUUCGUAGUGCCCGAAGCGGGAGCGGAAGGCGGUCUUGUGGGUGUCCUCCUCGUGGAUGCGGAUCUGGUGGAAGCCACUGCGAAGAUCAAUCUUGGUGAAGUAUUUGGCUCCACGGAGGCGAUCAAGAAGUUCGGAUAUCCGGGGAAUCAGAUACUUGUUCUUGAUCGUGAUCCGGUUCAAGGCGCGGUAGUCUGUGCACAUGCGGAGUUCCGAGGUGUCGUUCUUCUUGACGAAUAGACAUCUGGUUCCGAAGGGGGAGGAGCUAGCUUAAUGAAUCCUUUUUCAAGGA